CAUGCAUAUACCAAGCGCAGAAAGGUCUAUAAUGCGAUAUCCCUUUGCCAUGUGUGGAUGUAUUAUGCAUGCAGGAACUUCAGUAGUCAGUACAUGUGCAUGUGGUACAUGUAUGUUGUUGUUUACACAUUACGAUGGCCUCAGUAAUGCUUCCAGAGGUGACAUUUCAACUUGAUGUGAAAGAACAUUUAGAAAAAUGUUUCUUGAAUGAAAAGGCCAUAGCCCAGGUUGGUGAGGAUGUAUGUAAGGAGAGAUGGACUAAUCUACUGACUGCAUUGAGUUAUCCUCCUGCUUGCACUGUACUGAGAGUCAGUACACUACAUCAUAGUAAGGAAGAUACCAAACAGUAUCUCAGUCAAGUUCUGCACCAGCAAUAUAGUCUUAAAGAUAGACCGCCUGCUGAUGUGAAUGAUCAUACCAACCUAGAUGACACAGUGGUGAUAUCAUCCAGCAGUGUAGCUGGUACCAGCAGGAUACCAGUGAUUCCGUCCUCUAAACAAGUCAUAGUAGAUAGACAGUGUGGCCUGGCUGUCAUGAGAGGGGCGGAUAUAUAUGCCCCUGGAGUUUUAGCAGCUUCAAUAGAUAUGGUUGAAGGAGACAAUGUGUCUGUUUAUGUUGAUGUCAAUGGCUUGUGUCGACGAGGAUUGACCAAACCAUUUGAUGGAGCUAAGGUAUUCCUGGGCAAUGGCCAUGUGGUCAUGAGUAGGAGAGAACUAUUUGUCACCAAUAGUGAGCCAAGAGGCGUUGCAGUCAGGCUGUGUGAGCCAGUCUUUGACUGUCCAUCACUGAAUGGCAUACUGACAGAUAGACUCUUCCUACAGAAUCUACCAUCCAUUGUAGUAGGUCAUGUCUUGAAUCCCGUAGCAGGCAACAGAGUGCUUGAUAUGUGUGCUGCUCCAGGAGGAAAGACUACACAUUUAGCAUCUUUAAUGAAAGAUCAAGGUGUGCUGAUUGCCUUAGAUAAAUCACAGAAUAAACUCAACAAAGUCAAGCAAAAUGCAAGAAGACUCGGUCUGAGCUGUAUACAAGCCUUCUCAUAUGAUUCAACCAAAGCGUGCAGUAGAGAUAUGGUGAAACUUUCAAAUCAUGAUACAGAAAUCAAUGCACCACCGUACCCUCCUGAAACAUUUGAUUGUAUCCUCUUGGAUGCACCAUGCAGUGGACUAGGACAGAGACCUCAGAUAUGCAACCAAUUACAACUCAGUGAACUGAAAUCUUACCCCGCCUAUCAGCGAAAGUUCUUGACCACUGCUGUUGAGUUACUGAGGCCAGGAGGAACACUUGUGUAUAGCACUUGUACAGUCACACUAGCAGAAAAUGAAGGAAUGGUAGAGUGGAUUCUCAACACAUUCCCACAACUUGCAUUAUCUCAACAGAUUCCUCAUCUUGGUGGAUGUGGGUUUGAAGGUACAGACCUAGAUGUUCAGCAUCUGAGUAAGCUCCAGCGAUUCCAUCCUGUAACAUCAUACACCUCAGCCUCUCCAACACACUGUAAUCUAGAUACCAUCGGAUUCUUCAUUGCCAAAUUUAUCAAACGUAUGGAAUGUGAACAAACAGGAUAACUUGUACUCUUGAAUUGAGCACAGAUUUGUUUCAUAUUUGCAGUGUACCUAGUCAGUUUCCCACAUGAUGAAUGAAAUGGUCAUUUUGUUCUUUUAAAACACUUGGGUUUUUUAACAGAAAAGCUUCAAAUUUUUGUUAUUGAUCUUUUUACCAAAGUUGUCUGUGUUCCCUUGUACAUGGUAUGUUCAACCCGUCCAAAAGGGUCCAUAGUGAACCUCACAGAGGUUUUGUGACAGUAUUACUACACUGUUGUUGCCAUGGUUUGAGCAGUCAGGAUUGAUGAUACAAAUUGGUCCAGUGAGUUGUAUUUCUUAAAGCCACUGUUGUAAACAUGCAUUUUACUGAACUUGUAUUCAUACCAAACCUGAAGUUUAAUUUUUAAAAAAUGGUCAUAAAUUAAAUGUUGAUUCAUAUUUUUGGAAUAGGGGUAGUGGAUUAAAGCUGCAUUCCAUCGUUUGCAGCUAUCCAAAAAGUAACUGUUGUAAUCAUUGUUGAAAAGCCUACUUGGUUUAAAGAUAAUAAUGGGACUAAACUCCCUGUGAAAUUGUUCUUUCUGGCAAGCUGUUAAAUUGUUUUGAAGAAAUUAAUGAAUGGAGGCUAUUCUACGAUGUGUCUAAAGAUGCACUUUUGUUGUUUCAAAUGAAGUAAUGCACAAAUUACCAAACGUGUUAAAAAAGGCACUAUUUGUUAAACACGCUAGUCAUGGCAAGUGUUAUAAUUGAUUUUCCCAUAUUGCCAAAUUUCAAGGGGCAUGUGCCCCCCAGCUAAGCCGCUGGACAUAGGGGAACAGUUGUUUGCAUUUAAGACCAUUUUUUUCAUCAAAUUUGUCACUAGUAUUAUAUUUGCUUCUGAAUCAUAUCCUGAUACAGAUGCUUGGCUCAUAAUUAUAGGUGCGACACAAUAAGAACUUGGACAGUCUCAAAGUAA